GGUAAAUCUAUUUGAUCCUAAUCGUUACUGAUAAGAACGGGAAAAUAUAAAACCCAAAAGAUCUAUUUAAAAGCAAUCACGGUACGGGAUCAGACUCUAAUUUAGUGCAAAAAUGGUCAGAAUAGCGUUCCUCUUCACCUGCUUCGGCUUUGUUCUCUGCCAGUCCAGGCACAAGCAAGUCAUCGACUUUGUCAUCAAAGAGGCAAACAAGGCCCUCAAGGAGACGUACAACAACUACACCGUUCUUCAUGACAGUUUCAACUACAGGUUCAGCGACUACUUAGCAUACUCCAGCAACUACUCGCUGAGUGACUUCGCUUCCGCGGCGAGAGCUGACGAUACCCCUGUUUCGGUAGUGAGUGUCAGGUGCGGUCCUAAAACUACGCGGUUUCUGCUGAACAUGGAGCUCCGGAUGAGUGUUUUCGAGCUCGCGUAUAAAGCCCAUUGGAAGCUGUUCUUAUUGAACUAUUUUGGGAACAUGUCGGUAAGCAACAAUGACCUCAGGGCACGAGUGACCGGAGAGAUACUUGUUGACCUCGCCAAGAAUCCUGAAAACGGGUUGGCUUGUCUCCCGAAGUGGAAAUCCCUUGCCGUGUCCCGAUGGGGUGACUUCAAGCUGAACUUCAGCAACGACAACCCCCUCUACAGACCCCUAGAGAAGGUAUUAUCUUUCAUUAUUACAGUUCAUGUGCCCAAAGUAGUUAGCCAAAUUACAUCGACUUAUAGCUCUAAUUAUCCGCUUCCUGUAAGCUUUACGAAGAGAAUAUGUCCCUAUUUUUGGAAGCUUGCUAGAAACCAGUAGUGAGAUCUGAAAAUAUAUGGGAAAUGAAAGGAAACUCUCGACAAUGAAGCGCAUUACUACCGCACCAACCUUACGUAAUGUGAUGAAUAUAAGUAUUAACUGUAAACCAGAAACUUCACGUUUGAGGUUGCACGUCUUCAUGUAUGUAACGUUGUUUAUUUCAAUAUUCUAAUAAUACGUAUUAAUAAUUAAUGCUAUUAUAAUUAGUAAUAAGUAUUAUUAAUUAAUACUUAUUAUUAACUUUUAAUUUUCUAUUCAUCAGAACAUUUGAUUGUUCAUGAAGACUUAACUAGAUUUAUGCCUUAACUGUGCAUGAAGAAUUGAUUUGCUGUGAGGAAGAAUACUCAUGAAAAAUGAUCUGUGUAUUUUGUAGACAAUAAAACUUAUAAACAAAUAUUUGAUGACUUUUAUUUCCUACCAACAUAACAUGGCUGAAGAUCGGAAAAAACCCGAUGACUAACUUUUCAUGGAACCAGAUAAAAGUAUUAGAACAUUAAUUAUUGUUUUAAUUUGUGAGAUAUGACGAA